UCCUCCCUCUAACCGCUUUCUGACCCCGCUUUCGCCGGCGCCUCCCCUCUCCUCCUCCACCAUCGCACCACCACCCAUUGGACUCGAGGGAGACCUCCUCCCUCGCGUGAGCCCGAACCGCCGCGGAUUCCUUGCCCCCCUCCAAGCCGCAGCCAACCGCGCCGCCGCCUCCCCGGGAUCCCCCGCGCCGGCGUGCGGUGGCAGCGACCGAUGGCGCUUCUGGCCCCCGCCAUCUCCGGCGAGGUGGGUUUACGGCUCUUGCUGGCACCACUAAGCUCAAAUGUUGUUAUCCGUACAGCCAGCUGUGCAAUAGGGGUUGGUCUGCCUGUAUACUCUACUUUCAGAGCUAUCGAAAAGAAAGAUCAAAGGGAAAAGGAGCGGUGGCUUUUGUAUUGGGCAGCGUACGGAUCUUUUAGCAUUGCGGAAGUCUUUGCUGAUCAGAUUCUUUCGAGUGUUCCUCUCUAUUAUCACGUGAAGCUUGCAAUCCUUGUUUGGCUCCAAUUUCCUUCAAAUUGUGGGGCAAAGUAUGUGUAUGGAAGGUAUGUGCGCCCAUUUUUCCUGAAACAUCAAACAAAAAUCGACAGAAUUCUUAAUAUUCUGUCCAAGGAACUUACGAAGUUCGUGAGUAGCCAUGAAGAUGAAAUCCAUUUCAUAGAGAACAUGGCUGCCAGGGGUGCUUCGACAGCAAAUUAUAUAAUAAACGGUCCUGAACAACGAGAAGGGGUUAAUGCGACGAUUGAAGGGCCAAAUUCAACGUCAACAGAAGAGGCUGGCGCACCCAGAAAUGAAACUUGAGCCUGACCUCCGCAGUGUCUCCAGUGUGUGUGACUGGCUCCGGCACAGAAAAUAUAAUCUGUGUCGAUGUGCUACGGAAAUGUUAUUUCAUCUUUCCGGUUUGUGUUCUUAGGGGAUUUCCAGCUUGUUAGUGUUAGUGGAAUGUGAAUACGACGGUAUUGCAAAGCGGGAUGCAGAAACUACUGUCCUAAGCUAUCUACCUCGCGGCCACUUGUUAUGGUGAAACUGAGAUGUGCUACGGAAAUGUUUCCGUUUUGCUUCCCCAGGUCAUUGGAAUCUUACACUGUAAUACAAAUGUGGCUCUGCAAAUUUAUGC